GGAAAUGCCCUUCCCUCCCCACGCUGUGUAUGCAAGCUGGAGGCCAGGCUCCGCAAUGAGCCACAUGCCCUGAGUUUUAAGGGUGCUGCUCCCCCACCCUCCCAGGCCAGGCCGAGCUCCCAUUCAAGUGGCAUGGGGAGGGAGGCAAAGUGGGAGCUGGUGCUGCAAAAUCACCUCUGCCCUGGGGAUAAGCGGCCUCCCCACAUGGGAUCCCCAGCUCAGGUUGCGGAUACCUGUGCCAGUCACACGUGUCUCGGAACCCUGGAGUGGCUUCCCACGCAGGUAGGGGUGUUUCUGCAGUGGGUGGGGAGCAGAGAGGAGGGUGGAAAAUGGGAUGUGAUCCAAACACAAUCCCACUGAGUGGAUGGGCACCAACCUGGCUCACAGCCAUGCUGCCCCCAGCAGUCUGCAAGUGCCCUGCUGUGAUCACACAUGCUGCGGAGGGUGCUGCCUUGGCCCCCCCUGUUCUGGCACCCCUGCAGGCAGUAACCAGACUUUUGGUGUCCAGUCAGUACUUCUGACCGGACACUGUACAGGUCCCCUUUUGACUGAACUUUCCUGUCAAAACCCAGACACCAGGCAACCCUAUCUACCAGAGUUACUGUGACUAGGAAUUAUCUUUUCUUCACUAUAGUUUUCCCAUGAAAAUAAACUAAUGAGACUCUUCUCUUCAGGGUCUACUUUUUUACCCUUGCUACCAUGCUGUUGUCUCCUUUUUCUCAUUCCUGCUUCUCCUUCUCCUCCCUAAGAUAAGUACAAGUGCUGUUUGGAAACUAGGUAGUUGUAUUUAUUUCUCUGGUCUUGCUCUCCAAACAUGAGCACAGCUCACUUAUAUCUUAUCAAUUUAACAGGCUGUGUCUGAUGUCCUGAAAACUGGAGUGAGUGCAUUAUCGUAGUGUUCAGAAGGCAGCAAAAUGAGUUGUGUGAUCUGAGGCUGUGGCUGCAUGUGCUCAUGAUAUACUGAUCAAGCCAUUUGUGAAUUGAUAGAUCAAGCAAAAUUUCUUGAAGCUUGUAAUCACAUUUAUGAUCUGGAGCAAUCUGAACAUAAGACUGAAAUAAAGAUUGACUUACUUUACAAAAAAGUAGCAGAAAGAAUGUGGUCAGUUGUGCAAGAAGCAAUCAGUGGAAGCGAUAGUACAUUACUGGAGCCACUGAAAUCAGUAGGUGAAUCACUGAAGUGGGAAAAAGAGAAAGAAAAAGAAUGGUUUGACAGUGUCAAAGACAUGGAAUCUGUUUCAACCUGGAGCCCAAAAUACUGGAAUAAAGAUCUCGAGAAACUGCUAAUGGAGUGCAUGGCAACACAGAUUCCCUCCUUCGUGUCUGCUAGCAACACAGAUGAGUCUGCAUUAAAAGAUCAUCUGAGUCAGUUGGAAACCACAAUUUUUCCCAACCUGAGAUGCAAAAGAGAUGACUUCAAAGAAGCAGGAUUGCUUACUACCUAUACAAAAUGUUGUAAUGCCUGUUUGUCUUCUUACCUUUCCACACUUACAGGCGGUGAUAUGAGCUUCAGCAAAUGUCUUCUCAUUUAUGAAUGGGGCUUUAAUAUGUACAGAAGUGAGAAGCUCCUCAUGCCCUGCUGGACUCCACAGCAGAUGCUCUUAGCUGAUGCAUAUGUUCUCAAGUGGAAUUUUUCAAAUGUGGAGGAAAAGCUGCUCACAGUCAUCCAGAAGGAAGUAAGAGAAGCGCUCAGACAAGUAAUUACCGCGAGGGGAAAACCCUAUACAGACACUACAAUCAUUCAGGUAUUAACAAGGAGGGCACAGGCAGUCCAGCAUAUCAGUGAUACCAUAAAAGAUAAGGUGGAAGCUGUAUGUUUGGGAGAAUUUCUGCAUUUUCUGCAUAGCUAUAAACAUGAAGUAAGAAGCCUUCUCCAACUUGACACCUUUUCUGAGACCGACAGCAAUCUGCAAAUACUUGAGAACUGCUGCAUUUUCAGAGCUGCUUGGCAUAAGCUAAUGUACAUCUAUCAUGCUAGUGCUGACACUGAUGCUAAAGUGAAGGAAUUUAUAGACAGUACAGAAGAACAGAGUAGAGAACUUCUUCUGCAGGCAAUUACUUCUAAAGUCAAGGCGGCACUGAAGGCUCACUUCAGAAAAGGUCAUAGUGAUUUUGACAGAUUUCUAGACUGCUUACGGUCCAGUUUUUCAAGGUUUGAGAUGAAAAAUACAGAGACCUAUGAGACCCUCAUCCAGACUGUCCAUCACAACAUUAUCACUGAGUAUGUUCAGGCUCUCCUAACUGCUUCUGGGAAGUCAUCUUCUGCAAAGCGGAGGAAAAUUGCCAACAAAAUUGAAGCAGAUCACAGGGCAAUGCAAACACUCUUUGAAGAAUGCUUCGGCCCUAGAACUGCUUCACUGGAUGAUCCUAUUGAAGGAAUCCUAGAGUUUAUUCUACUUACUGACAUCGAAGCAAUGAAAAUACAGCUUGUGAUUCUUGUCCACAAGUUUCCAGAUAUAAGGAAAGAACAUCUGAAUAUAAUCUUGGACAUCAAAGGAACUCUCAGUUGGACAGACAGAAAUGCUGUGUUGGAGGUGGUUUAUGAUAAUUAUGUGGAAGCUGAAAGAGGACAAAAGUUGUUUUUUGACGAGAUAGAAAUAAAGGUUGGAAAAUAUGGAGUCUGUGGCUGCUGCUGCUGCUAUUAGGAAAGGUCUAAUAUGGAAAGUCAGAAGCCACCCUCCUCGCCUGUGUCACAAAGGUUCCAUCAUCAGCAGGCAACAUCUGAGAUCACAGCUACUUGAAAGUUGCUCGGAAUGGCAAACCGUAUUUGUCUGCUGAAAACAGCCUGUAGGCCAUGCGAGACCAUGUGCCAGAGCGUUUCAAGACAAGAAGAUCACAUAAACCCAAACCAUGGUUCCCUGCAUGAAGUCCAACUGAAAAGGGGAAUGCACAGGGGUUAGAAUCCUCCCUCAAACCUGCAGCUAGAUUCUUGCUUAGCUGGGCUAUGGCUGCUAGGAAGAGAAGCACUGGAGAGAGCCACAUCUUGCUUCAUAGGGGAUUGGGUCAGUAAGCCCCUGCCAUUUCCCCAGUCCUUCUACAAUGCUCCUUUCCACAGUCCUGCACAGAGAGCCACUAUGUAGCAUGCUCUGUGGCAUGCAGAGGGCUGCGGAAGCCUUUUGGCGCAUGGUUACUACCUAGCAUCCUGCUCAGCCGGAAGGUGGCAUUUCCAUAGCAUUUGGGGCCUUGCAGGCCCCCAGAGGGGAAGCAGGAUGUGGCACUUAGCUUUUGUGUCCCAUUCAGUUGCUUAAAUGGAAAGCCAUACUAAUAACACAGAACUUACAUCAAUCCCCAGUAGCCCAUUACAAUGGAUUGUGGACAUAGUGUAAUUAGUAUCUUAGUUUUAUAACUGGCUUCAGAGCUGAGUUUGUCUUUCCAUCCAUAUAACUCAGUUUACCGAAAAUUUCCCCUGCUGUAAUACUCUCAUUUCUUUAACAUGGGAAUUUUUGCUGUGGAAGUCUCAUGUGCAGUGGACUGUUAAAAUAGCUGUUUCCACUCUGGGUCGGUGUGAACUUCUUUCAGAUGUGAAUAGACAAGAAGUACAGUAUGGGAAAAUAAUAGCCCUUCUUUUUGCCCAUGUAUAGGCUGGUCAUAAUCUCAGAGCUGGAUUUGGUUCAAGGCCGCAUUUGCUAUUGUGUUAAUAUA